AGGAUAAUAAACACAGAUCUCCAUUGUCUUUAAUGAAUAUUGUUAGUCAAAUCCUGCUUAUAUAAUCUUGUUACGAAGCAGAUAAGAUUGUGUAUAUUUCAAUUCCUCCUAAUUGUGUAUCUUAAAAGCAUUACAACGUUAGAUUUGAUAUUAUUACUUGCAAGGAAGUACAAAUGAAAGCAACAACCUUUGAUUUUGCUCUUCCCCUUUUUCUUGAGUGAGUGUUUGGAAUUUUUGCAAUCUUUCCUUUGUUUAGAGUAUCAUUGCUGCUUUUCUUGUGAACCCCGCUUUCUUAAUUAUACAUACAUAUACUUCAAUUCAACUAUAUAUAGUUUGGUUUCCAUGACUUCUUCUUCUUCGUCGUCGUCGUCGUCGUCAAUGGGGAAUCGGAUCGGUGUCCUCGAAAGGAUCUCUAUCUUUUUCGGGAGGAAGCCGAAACCUCUUCCUAUCGAAACCUCGUUCGAGCUUCCAUCGCCAUUGCCGACAUGGCCUGAAGGGGGAGGUUUUGCAACCGGUAUAAUUGAUCUUGGAGGGUUGGAAGUAUGUCAAGUGUCGACAUUCGCGAAGAUUUGGUCGACGCGACAAGGCGGGCCGGAGGACAUGGGAGCGACAUUCUUCGAGCCAACCUCGAUCCCUGACGGAUUCUCCAUGCUCGGCAGCUACUGCCAGCCAAACAACAAGCCUCUAUCAGGGUGGAUUCUUGCAGCAAGAGACGUAACCGAUGACUGCGACGCGCUAAAGCCACCGACCGACUACACUCUCGUCUGGACAAGCGAGUCGUCGAGGAUCAAACAGGAUGGCACAGGCUACAUCUGGCUGCCCACUCCGCCCGACGGAUACAAAGCCAUGGGGCUCGUUGUCACGUCGACACCCGACAAGCCGGACUUAGAAACGGUACGGUGUGCGCGCAUCGAAUACACGGAUUCGACCGAAAAUCAGGCCUGGAUUUGGGGGCCUGGUAAGGAUGUGAACACUGAUGGGAUCAAUGUAUACAGCUUGAGGCCGAAAGACAGGGGAAUUCGGGCAAUGGGAGUUCCGACAGGGACAUUCGUUGUUCGAAACAAUGGAGAUGGUUUGGGUUUCGACAUACCUUGUCUGAAGAACAUCAAUGGCAGCCAUAGCUCCAUGCCUGAUCCUGACCAGAUCAAUGCACUAAUCCAGGCAUACUCACCCGUCGUCUACUUCCACCGCGACGAGCAAUACUUCCCGUCAUCGGUGUCGUGGUUUUUCGAAAACGGCGCAUUGCUCUACAAGAAAGGCGAGGAGUCGAGCCCCGUCGAAAUACUUCCGACAGGUUCGAAGCUGCCGCAAGGAGGCUCGAACGACGAUGAGUACUGGAUCGAUCUCCCGAGAGACGAGGCUGCAAGAGACAGAGUGAAGAGAGGGGAGUUAGCAACAGCAGAGGCUUAUGUCCAUGUUAAGGCAAUGUUUGGAGGGACAUUUACGGACAUUGCAGUGUGGAUAUUCUAUCCUUUCAACGGCCCCGGAAAGGCGAAAGUCGAGUUUAUCGACGUGCCGUUGGGGCGGAUCGGCGAGCACGUCGGCGACUGGGAGCACGUGACUUUAAGGAUCAGCAACUUCAAUGGGGAGAUGAAAAGCAUGUAUCUUUCGCAGCACAGCAAAGGCGAAUGGGUUGACGCGUCGGAGAUCGAGUUUUUCGCAGCGACGAAUAAGCCGGUGGCGUAUUCGGCAUUGCACGGACAUCCGAUGUAUCGGAAACCCGGGGUGGUGAUGCAGGGGAGCAAGAAUGUAGGGAUCAGGAAUGACAGUGGUAAAGGGAAGGAUUCGAUGGACAUCGGGGCGAGGUUUGUCGUCGUUAGCGCUGAGUACUUGGCGGCGGCGUACGAGGAGCCGGCGUGGCUGAAUUAUGCAAGAAAAUGGGGGCCGAAGAUCAGCUACAACAGGGAGGAAGAAAUCAGGAAAUUGGAGAAAUUAUUGCCGGGGAGACUCAAAGGUGUGUUGGAGAGAUUUGUGAAGUCUCUGCCGAAAGAAGUGCUUGGAGAAGAAGGCCCUGUCGGGCCAAAGGGUAAGGACUUUUGGUAUGGUGAUGAGAGAUCUUGAUCACCAUGGUCUUGAUCUUCUUAACUGUAAGAAUCUCUGUAACUGGAAUGGAUGAUCAGUGGGAAUGUAUAAAGUUUGAUUUGAUUUGGUUUUA